AGAUGGUUUCAUAUGUCGUCGUUGGUGCGCCGAGGGGCAUCGGGCUUGACUUCGUACAGGCAUUGAGUACAGAUCCGAGGAAUAAGGUUUUUGCCGUAGUGCGCAACGCAGAGACGGCGUCUCCGCUACGGGAGUUCGUUGAGUCGGAGGCAACCAGCAAGAACGUAGUCAUACUCCAAGCCAAUCUAACAGACUACAAUACACUUAAGUUAGCAGCCGAAGAAGUAUCAAAGGCCACCGGUGGAAUCUUGGAUGUACUCAUUAACAACGGUGCUCUAGUCAUUCAUGAGAAAGGCAUGCUCACUAUUGAUGCUUUCCCUGAUGAAGAGACACUUGAGAAGGACUUCCUGGAUUUUUUUAAGACCAAUGUCGUCGGCGUUACCCACGCUAUCAAUGCCUUCCUUCCUCUUCUCCGUGCUGGUAAUUCGAAGAAAGUGUUGACAAUUUCAUCAUCCAUGGGGUCUCCUCGCACGAAUCUCGCAUCUAACCAUGACACCCUUGUAUCGUAUGCGGUCUCGAAGGCCGCGUUAAAUAUGGUGGUCGUCAAGUUUGCGGCGAGGUUCAAACAGGAAGGUUUCACAUUCCUGUCCGUAAGCCCUGGACUCGUGAAAACCAUGUCUGGACGUGGCCGCUGAUGAGAUCGACAAAGUCUACGAUGCGAUAACUGCGCGAAUUCGAACAGCCGAUCCAACUUUCCCUGGACCGAUUACCGUUGAAAAGUCUGUCAAAGAUCAGCUGGCGUUACUAGAGAGAGUAACCCCUUCAGACUCUGGAGCUUUCAUUCAUCCGAAUGGUGACGAUGCCAACUUCGUUACGUAUUAGUUUCACUUUUCGUAAUAGAUGAAUCCUGGUGGAUAAAGCUACAUCUGAGAAAGGCAGCAGUAUACUUCACACCUGCGGCAGAGGACCUUGGCCACAGUGUUUUGUCAAGGUUUACCACAGAUAAAUUUUAGUCCUAUGAUAUCUACCGACCAACUGUAUCAAGGAUAAGCCAAGCGCCAUCGUGUAACCUCUUUUUGCAACACAUUUCCCGUUCCCCUAGAUCAGGAGUAACUUAAUUCCGUAUCGGAAGGAUUCUCAACUUCUUCAAGAGUAGGUGCUUGGUCAAAUUCAGGUAAGUGCGACCAUUCGGAGUAUGCCAACCGCGAGUCGACUUGCAGCACAUGUUUUGGCUAUCGCCUGACGCUGAAAUGUCAAAUUGCUAAGGAGUUACACCGCGGAUUGCAAGACCUAGGCACGGAAUGUCGGGGCAGGACGUCGCAGAU